AUUCGACGGCAUUUAGUUGUGGAACCUUCCCGGUGGAAGUGGAACGAACAUAAAUUAAAACUAUCUGAAAUAUAAAUUACAACAAGUGACAGUUUGGAAAAGCAGGCCAGAAAUUAUGCCCAAUAUUGUGGCAUUGAAGCUGAGCGGUGCCCAAAGUCCUGGUGCUGGUGCUGGGGGCGAUAACGGUAGUCUGGUGCUGGUGGCCUUGGAUCAAUUGGCGCUGCAGCAACAAAUCAAUGCAAAUUUCAUUUUCCAUGCAAUUUCCAACUACAAGAAGACCCCGUUCGAGCGUAAAACGUUGCACUUUAUUGCCAAAAAGUGGAUGCACUUGCAGUUGCUGUGGCGAGAGUUCCGGCUGAGGGAUAAGCAAAUACGACGCGUCAGUCACAAGGAUUCGCACUGCCAGGAGCAUGGCUACUUUCAGCAGGAGCUCUUCGAGCUGGUCCACGACAAAUAUAUGGCGGCCAGGAGCUGUCUCAGUCGUGACAAAAGGAAACUGCUUGCCCCAGCCCCAGCCCCAGCCCCCAUAGUGUUUGCUCAGCCAACGAAAUGACGGGGGGGGGUGAUGGCGAAAAUGUCGGACUGAGCCCCACAAAAAAAUAAAGCAAAACCCAAGCAGAAAAAUAAGCAGAGCAGAGAGCAGUGCUGGAGAGAGCGAUAUGUACGUGUGAAAAUAAGUCUUUCCCCGUCCGAGUCCCCCAAUGGCGGGACAAUGUCAACAGCUCCGUUUCGAUUCGUUUCGAUUCGAUUUUCUCUGCAAUGAUGAUAUACGUCAACAAGAACUCCAUGCCGUUUCCAUCAACAAUUGGCCAUCAAUCGGCGACUGCGACUGGCUAUCCCCCAUGUGAUUUAUUGCAUAUGCGACAUGCGGCACAAACGCUUAUCAUAAUUAUUUUUGGAUAUAUACUAUGUAUAUGCCCCAAAAAAGGUGAUUCCACAAGUCACUGAAGAGUCGCCUGUUCUCCACUCAAAGGCCUUUUUAUAUCCCAAUGGAUCCAUUAAACAAUAAAAUUGUUUAAGACUUUUCACUCUUUUGUUCAUUUUUGUGGUGGCUGGAGAACUGUUUUAUAUGAGCCAUACAAAUUGAUGACAAUUAAACAGGAAUUUAUA